AUGGCGGACCGUUUCCCCUCAUUGGAGGACUUUUCUGCGGGCCAGACUGACGUUGUCGAAACCAACGGCGCAUCGGAUGAAAACGACUUCCUUGCUCGGGAGCGCGCUAUUCUUGGAGAUGAUGCGGAACAAUUUGCUACUGCUCAAGACCACGUUGCUACAGAUAUCGGUGAUGACUUACUGGGCGGUGCGGAAGGAACCGCAGCUGGCGAAGCAGCCCCUGAGGAAAUCUCGGGAUUUGAGUCGUCGUUUCCUGCUAUAGAGACACAGAAUGAGCAAGUUGCUCCUGGCGGUACAAUCACCGGAACAGGCGCACCCUUCCCGCCGACCGGCUAUCCUUCUUACAAAGAGCCAGAGGAAGAACCGGAACCUGUCAGGGAAUGGCGUGAGAGACGAGACGCAGAAAUCGCCCGCCGUGCCGAAAUCUCGAACGAGAAGAAGGAGGCGACUAUCAAGAAAGCUCGAGAGGACAUCGACGAUUUCUAUGUAUCUUACAAUAACAAGACGGACAAGCUCCGAGCUCAAACCCGCGCUGAUGCUGAACAAUUCCUUGCCAACAGGGAAGACACCUCUGCCGGUGGCACCAGCUGGGAGCGCAUCGCGAAGCUCGUCGACAUCUCAGGAAAGGGCGCAAAAGGUGGUGCCAGUGGAUCAGGCAAGGAGCGUUUCCGUGAGAUGCUACUGGAUCUGAAGAAGGAUCAGAAUGCCCCAGGUGUCAGUGGGAUCUAG